UUAAUUUCUCCAAAGAGAGGCACAAUCCAGAUGCCAUUGCAUCAUAAUAAAGAGACUGCAUAAAAAGGACAUUUAUUCUACUUUGAUAAGAUAUGAUUCUUCUAAGGGUGGUUAUCGUUGGUGCUAGUGGAGUUGGCAAAAGUUCAAUUGUGACAAAAUUUUGCAGUGAUACACUUGCAGUUGGCUCAUCAGUCUUAGGCUGUGAUUUCAGAACAGAUACUAUGGAUCACAAAGGUUCAAAAUACAAGUUACAAAUUUGGGACACUCCUGGAAACGAAGAGUUUUGGACUUCAAAUUGUUGUUCAGCAGACAUGAUUAUAAUAGUUUACGAUGUUGGUAAACAAAGUUCUUUUGAUAUGAUUGAUACAUUUAUUUCUCAAAUUAAAAAGUACGGUAAAGAAGAUGUACCCUAUGCGAUUGUUGCAAAUAAAGCUGACUUGGAAUGCUGGGAAGUUAAGAUAAAUCCCAAAGAUACAAGAGAAGCUCUUUUUUUUCUGGAAACGUCGUGUAAAACAGAUUUAAAUAUCAGGGAAUUAUUUCAAAGAGUUGUUGAAUGUUGUCAUGAUGCGAAGCAAGAACAGAUAGAACAGAUAAAACUGAAUGAUAACAAUUAUAGCUCUCUGUGUGUAACUGUUGCAUGUGCAAGUUAUAAAAUGCCCAUAUCAACGUACAACAUAACGUUUGAUGGAUUUCUGAAGAACCCAUGUCUAACAAAGAUUCCAUAUGAUUUAUUAGUAUCUGUCUCUGAAGCAUUAGUAAAUUGUAGUAAAAGUGGUUUCCUAUCGAUGAAAGGUAUUCUGAUGUAUCACAAGUAUUUUUUUGUAUUGCGAGAAGAUUUUUUAUAUUGGUUUAAAAACAAUAAAAAUGCUACAUGUAUCGACCAAUUGGAUUUAAAUAGUUGCCUAUCUGUUAUGCAAAAGAAGUGUCAAUACAUACAUAUUAGUUACUACAGCAAAUCAAGUGGAAAGAUUGAAAGUAUGCGUUUAUAUGCACACAACAAAAAAGAAUGUGAAGAAUGGUUAAAUUUGUUAAAAACUAAGCAGCAGAAAGAAGACACAGAGCAUGAAGAUAGCCACAAACCAAAGAAAGAUAUGAUGCCUUUGAAUAUUAUCGGGAGAUUUCAGUUUAGAAAUGAUGAAGAAAUUAUUGUGACUAUUUCAAAGCAAUCAAAUGAAGAAUGUGUGUUACAAUGCAUACCAAAGUGGUUGUUGGGCCUCGUUUUUGAUUUUUCUGCUUCAUUUCAAUUUCCACUAAAAAGUUUCAGGUAUUAUAAAGACACAGAGACAAGCAAAAAUUUUUUAUUGAUUAGUACUGACACUCACAUGAGACUUUGGUUUAGACCGAAAGAUGAAAGAUUAUUCAUUUCGAAACUGAUUUCUAUAUUUGGCGAAUAUGCAUUUGGUGGAAUGGUGACAACGUCUGUUUUGAAUGAAACAUUUAAAAUUAUCUACAAAAUUGCUUGCUUGCAGUUACAUGUUUCUCCUGUGAAACGUAUCCUCGACCUUAUCGAUGAAAGUAUCAAGAACAAGAAAUCAAUACAUGAACUAUGUUUGCGUAGAUGUCGAAUUAUUCCACAAGACAUCUAUGCUAUUACUCAUGCUUUGUCGUUCUACCCUGGCAUAACUUUAAUAGAUUUAAGAAGUACACGUAUGACCAGUAAAGGUCUUGUGUAUUUACUAAAAGCACUUUGCAAGUACAAGUGGUUACAGAGUUUAGAUUUUGGACAAAAUUAAGCUAUUGAUUCUCGAGAAACAAGAUCUGCUCUACAAGAGUAUCUAUCCAAUGCACAGUUAAAAUGCAUAAAGUUUCGC